CUGUCCGUGUCAAUUCUUUUUUGACUUUCUACUUCCACAUUUUUUGACUGUAAUCUCAGUUCUGCUCUACCCGCUUUCUCACGAAUACCUUUCGUCAAACUCCAAUGGCAAAAAAGACAAAGAAAGACCCUCCUCCGCCCGACCCAAAAGAGGCCAAGCAGAAGAAGAAGGCCGCGAAGACCCUGACUCCAGAGAAGGAGGACUCGGCUCCUUCGAAACCGCAAAGAGGUUUGGCCAUCGGUGACAACUUUGGAUGGACCGGAAAACUUCCAGCUACACUUCUCUACGAACACUGCCUGAAACAAAAAUGGAACAAGGUUGUCUUUGACAUGCGGAAGACAGGAAAGGGCUUUAUUGGUGUAGUUGAUCUUAGCUGGGAAAACCCCAAAACUAAAGAGGUGAUCCAUCUCAGAUGGUCUCCGGAAACUGAUCUCCUCCCACCAAGGGAAACGACUAAUGAGGCCCGCCAUUUUGCUGCUACAUAUGCCAUGUAUAGACUCAACUAUGUGAAAAACUUGAAGAUGGUGUUGCCCACCAUAUUCAGAGACUACUGGGCUGAUAUGGAUGCGAAAAGGUUACAGCUUUUGAAAAAGGACAAGAUGGCCCAUGACAAGUUCUACAAUGCGAAUCCAUUCCAAGUACACUUGGACACUGUUGCUGAGAAGAACCUCCGUGAGAAGGAGAGGAAGCUGAGGGAGAACAGCGAGUCCAAAGUACGGAAGCCCACAGCUAGCAUUGGAAUCACCGUUGGUUCCACCAAUGAACGUUCAACCACGAACAAGAAGCCUAACACCGGAAUAAAGCAAAACAGAAGCAAAGUCACGCUUAGACAAUUCCCCAUCGGCAAAAAAGCCUGGGAGAAUGCUCCAUUUGUCGACUUCCCAACCGACAUUCGAGCUAAGAUGGAGUCUUCCAUCAAGCAUCAUAUUAACUGGGUGGAAGACUUGGGUACCACUGAGCAAAAAGAUUCUUCUUCAGAUGGCUGGGCUGACCAAUUGACAGAUCUUGGCUUCAGGCCCUCCCAUGCGAAGGAGGCCGUUUGUCAUACGCUCACAUUUGUUGAUGCAUUAGAGUGGUUGUUGUUUCAUGUUCCAGAGGACGACUUGCCUGUAUUUUUCGCAAAGCGUGACGAAGACAAUAGCUUGUCACUCAAGAUUUCUACCGACAUACAAACUGAGUAUUUACUCCAAAGGCUUUCUCUCUCUGGUUUUGAUAAAGAUGAAAUCUUGGCUACUUUUCACGAAAAUGGAAGAAGUGAAUUACAAACUUCGAUUGCAUUGACUCACAUGACUGCAUCCUAUCACCCUGAACCGUUCGAUUCCACCGGUGACGAGUUUGAAAUGUGGCUCAUGGAGCUUGAAGGGAUCGAGUCUAUUGGAAGCAAUAGUAUUGCCUUCAUGGAUGAUUUGAAACGCGUAGUAACUGUUUUGUUGAACGCGGUAGGAAUAACUAAAGGCAUGUUGCUGGUGAAGGUCAUUUUUGCCAAGGGAUACCCCAAUGUGUUACCUGGUGUUCAGAUAGUGGUGAAUGAUGCAUCUUUUAAGUUGGCGAAUUACAUCAAGCUAUCAAUCGUGCGCCAGCUAUUAGAAUACAUCUUAAAUGACAAUCUUAUUGGGCAAUGCAUGGUCUUUACUAUGGUUGAGUGGCUUGAAAACAACGUUGCUAAAGUCAUUGAGAACCCGGGACCAUUGUUGACUUCUUCACACACACAGAUUUCUGGUGACUUCAAAUCCUCUCUGAACAAUAAAAAGUUGUCUUCCGCCCGCUCAACGUCCAGAUCACGUAUGCUUCUGAAGUCUGAUAUUCAAGAAUUGCUGCGAGAGUACGAGGAAAGAAUUAAACUGGCUCUGUUCAAGACGUCGUUGUCACAAAGACAGAGGCUACCUGCUUGGAAAAAGAGAGACGAAUUGGUGAAGAUUAUCACUUCGAACAAAGUGACAUUGAUUACAGGCGAAACCGGUUCGGGUAAAAGUACUCAAAUUGUUCAGUAUAUUCUCGAUCAUAUGUGCAGCCUGACUAACUUUGAUGGUUCAAUCAUCUGCACGCAGCCAAGACGUAUCUCGACCAUCGGUUUGGCAGAGCGUAUCUCAGAUGAAAGAGUCACAAAGGUUGGAAAUGAAACAGGUUAUAUCAUUCGAGGGGAGAAUAAAACACUGAAACGGACCAGGCUACUGUUUGUGACUACAGGUGUGCUUUUGCGUAUGCUCCAAUCCUACUUGUCGUCAGGCAACGCAGCUGAUGCGGGAAUUUUUGAGCAUUUGGAGUACAUCUUCAUAGAUGAAGUCCAUGAAAGAUCGGUUGAUAGCGACUUGCUUUUGAUUAUUUUGAAAAAAAUUAUCGGAAAGCUUCCAAAAUUGAAAAUUGUGCUUAUGUCUGCCACAAUCAACACGGAUGUCUUUAUGAACUACUUCGACACCCCAGUGAAUCAUUUGCACAUUGAGGGAAGAACCUUUCCCAUCGAUGACUUCUACCUUGAUACUAUUUUACAAGAUCUCGACUUUUCAAUCCAAACAUAUGAUGGUCAGAUCAUCAAGCCCAAGGCUGAUUCGAAUUUUUUUAAAACCGGAAACCUCAACUACGAUUUAAUUGCUCAACUUUGUCUUUUCAUCGAUGAAAAGCUCACCAAAGAAGGCAACACAGGAUCGAUUUUGAUAUUUUUGCCCGGGAUCAUGGAGAUCAGCAGAUGUAUCAGAAAAAUUGAGAGCGGUUAUGCUUCUUCUGGAAAGUCUUGUUGGUGUCUUCCAUUACAUUCUGCGCUUUCGCUGAAGGAUCAAGCAAGAGUGUUCAAAAGCCCACCGAAGAAGACACGUAAGGUGGUGGUCUCAACCAACAUCGCAGAAACAUCCAUUACAAUUCCAGACUGCGUGGUAGUCAUUGAUGGAGGUCGCUCAAAGAGCAUGUUCUUUGAUGCUAAAGCCAACACUUCGCGGUUGGUCGAAAACUGGUGUUCUAGAGCGGAAAUGUCCCAAAGACGGGGUCGUUCAGGUCGUAUACAGAAUGGUAACUGCUAUCAUCUCUACACCAGAGAAACGGAGAAAGCUGUUCUAGGACAACCAAUCCCUGAAAUUCGCAGAACACGCCUUGAGAAUUUGUAUUUGGUGGUGAAAUCUAUGGGCAUCAAAAAAGUGUCUGAAUUUUUGAAUAGUGGGCUUGAUCCUCCCGAAGAGCAAUCUUUAAAUAAGGCCAGGUCUAUGCUUUUCGAGUUGGGCGCAUUAACCGGGGAUGACGCGAAUGAAGGCUUGUCACACUUGGGAAAGUACUUGUCCUAUAUUCCCACAGACUUGCAGUCAGGCAAACUUUUAAUCUUGGGAUGCAUAUUCCGAUGUGUUGAAAUUUGCUUGACAAUUGCGGCUAUUUGCUCUGGAGGAAGUCCGUUCUCCAGCAGUUUUGAUAUUAAAGAUGAAGUUCGCAAAGCAAAAAGCAAAUUUGGUAAAAACCAGGGAGAUUUGAUGGCAUCAGCUCUUGCGUACCAUGAAUGGGAGAGCCUUCCUCAUCCGCAGAGAAAGAAGUUCAUAUCUGAAAACCAUUUGUCGUACCUCACGCUUCAAGAUAUUCAGUCAACGAGGACGCAAUAUCUACUGACACUUAAAGAAAUUGGGUUUUUACCAUUCUCCUAUCGCUCAAAUGUUGAGGGUAAGUUCAAUCUGAACUCAAAGAACUUCACGCUCAUCAGGGCGAUAAUCACGGGAUCUUUCACCCCACAGUUAGCGAGAGUGCAACUUCCUGAUCCAAAGUACGCGCAGACCAUAGUUGGUGCAGUGGAGAUCGAUGCUGAUGCCAAGCUGACAAAAUUCUGGAUCAGAAAUGAGAAGUACAUUGAUCAGUGUAACAAUGGAGAGAGCGUCAGUGAAAGGCCUGCCACGCGCGCUUUUAUCCAUCCUUCUUCGUUGAUUUUCUCUGAUUCUGGAGCGGGUGCUAGCUUGCCAAAUAUUGAGGACAUGACCUUGGAGGAUGGUAGUCUUGAUAUGGGGAAAAUCAGAGAACAGUAUGACAUGACACCUAGUGCAAAGUAUAAUUCAAACGCGAUGCAUAAGUCUCCGUUUGUCGUCUACACAUCUUCGAACGAGACUUCCAAAUUAUACUUGCGGGAUAUCACUCCAACAACUACAGUCGGUGCGCUUCUUUUCGGAGGAGAGAUUCUGUUUGAUGUGUCGACUCAUAUAUCCACUGGCAAGCGGUGCCCUGGAAUCGUUCUAGACAAAUGGAUGCCAGUACGGACUUGGUGUAAGAACGGUGUGUUGUUAAAAAGACUUCGAGUUCUUUUGGAUCAAGUGAUUGAAAAUAGAUUAUCCAAUCCUGAGCAAGAGAAGGCUGAAGCCGCAGACGAUGAAAUACUUGAUAUUGUCACGAAAGCGCUCACCGUUGAAGCUAGACAAAGAUGAUAAUUUUCUUGAAGAUCAAUAUUUCAUCAAAAAUCUACAAUUAAUACAUCAUUCAUAGAACACGUCCUCGC